GGCGGGCGCGGUGACGUCACGCAGGUCGGCGCGUCCCGGCGGCCGCGGUGGCUGGGCUGGAGAGGGCGGCGGUGGCCAGCGCGGCAGAGGGCCGGCCCGGGGCGCGGAGCCGCGGAGGGGUCACAGCUAAGGGACUCGCUGAGACCGUGUCUCCGGCCUUUCACUGGAGGGGAAGGCACCGGAAGGCCGACCGGCCACCAUGUCAACAUUCAGGCAGGAAGAUGUGGAGGACUACUAUGAGAUGGGGGAGGAGCUGGGCAGCGGCCAGUUUGCCAUUGUGCGGAAAUGCCGGCAGAAGGGCACCGGGAAGGAGUACGCGGCCAAGUUCAUCAAGAAGCGUCGCCUGUCGUCCAGCCGGCGGGGGGUCAGCCGGGAGGAGAUCGAGCGGGAGGUGAACAUCCUGCGGGAGAUCCGGCACCCCAACAUCAUCACGCUGCACGACAUCUUCGAGAACAAGACAGACGUGGUGCUCAUCCUGGAGCUGGUCUCGGGCGGGGAGCUCUUCGACUUCCUGGCGGAGAAGGAGUCGCUGACGGAGGACGAGGCCACCCAGUUCCUCAAGCAGAUCCUGGACGGCGUCCACUACCUGCACUCGAAGCGCAUCGCCCACUUCGACCUCAAGCCAGAGAACAUCAUGCUGCUGGACAAGAACGUGCCCAACCCACGCAUCAAGCUCAUCGACUUCGGCAUCGCCCACAAGAUCGAGGCGGGGAACGAGUUCAAGAACAUCUUCGGCACCCCCGAGUUCGUGGCUCCCGAGAUCGUCAACUACGAGCCCCUGGGUCUGGAGGCAGACAUGUGGAGCAUUGGUGUCAUCACCUACAUCCUUCUGAGCGGCGCCUCCCCGUUCCUGGGCGAGACGAAGCAGGAGACCCUGACCAACAUCUCGGCCGUGAACUACGACUUCGACGAGGAGUACUUCAGCAACACCAGUGAGCUGGCCAAGGACUUCAUCCGCCGGCUGCUUGUCAAAGACCCCAAGAGAAGAAUGACCAUCGCCCAGAGCCUGGAGCAUUCCUGGAUCAAGGCGAUCCGGCGGCGGAACGUGCGGCGGGAGGACGGCGGCCGGAAGCCGGAGCGGCGGCGCCUGAAGACGGCGCGCCUCAAGGAGUACACCAUCAAGUCGCACUCGAGCAUGCCCCCCAACAACACGUACGUCAGCUUCGAGCGCUUCUCCAAGGUGCUGGAGGAGGUGGCCGCGGCGGAGGAGGGCCUGCGCGGCCUGGAGCACAGCCGGCGCCUGUUCCAUGAGGACAUCGAGGCGCUGACGGCCAUCUACGAGGAGAAGGAGGCCUGGUACCGGGAGGAGAACGAGAGCAUCGGCCAGGACCUGCGGCGGCUGCGGCAGGAGCUGCACAAGACCGAGGCCCUGCGGCGGCAGGCCCAGGAGGAGGCCAAGGGCGCCCUGCUGGGGGCCAGCGGGCUCAAGCGCCGCUUCAGCCGCCUGGAGAACCGCUACGAGGCCCUGGCCAAGCAGGUGGCCUCCGAGAUGCGCUUCGUGCAGGACCUGGUGUGCGCCAUGGGGCAGGAGAAGCUGCAGGCCGGGGGGUGCGGCCUCCGCUAGGGCCUGGUGGGCGGGCGGCCCCUCCACAGCCCCGCGACGAGGGCCCCGGUGGGAAGGGCGCGGGGCCGGGAACCCGAGGCCGCCCUCCCCCGGCUCAGCCCCUCUGUCCUGCGGCUUCCGGGUCAGCGUCCCCUGGGGAGCCCCGUGAGCCCCGCGAGCGCUCGGCACCGCGGGACAGAGCCGGCCAGGCGGCCCAGGGCCAGCCGCGUGCAAGGCCUGGGCCUUGAGCUCGGAACCCGGGGGCGGGCGGGGGGGGUCUCACCUGCCUCUGCCGGACGCCGAGGUCCCGCCUCUUCUAGAGACGAGAGGCAGCUUCUGACCCAGUCCCCUCGGUCCCCAGCCCUCGCUGCGCCCCCGGGGCUGAGCUGGCACCAGGGCCCGAGCCGAGGAGAUGGCCCAGCCCUUGAGGCGUCGGUUUGGGGCAGGUGGCGAGGGGGCGUGAGGCUGGACGCGGGACCCUGAUGCAGAAGCUGUGUCUGUCCCUCUCUGAGGCCCAGGCGGCCCCAGGUGCCGGGUCAGGAGCCGUCUCUGCCCCUCGCUCCUCUCUGCCGCGCCUGUCACAAAGCGCACGCGAUGACCCGCACAGCCCAGCCACGCCCCUGCCUCCCGUCCCAGUGCUGCCUUCCGAAUUGUGGGGUAGUCGCCCCCAGAGUGCUCUGCGAAGGCCCAGUGUCCCCCGAGUGCCCGGCGAGCCCCUGAGGCUUCCUGCUUCCUGCGGCCGGCCGAACCCUCCCCGCUGGGCCAGAGAAGGUGGAGGAGGGGCUGCAGGGGCAGUGCCCGCACCUGCCACUAGGUGCCGCCCUCGAGCAGGGCCCUGCGUCCCAGGGAACGUGCCCCAAGGUCCCGGAUUCACCAAAACGAGGCUCUCUGGCCGCGUGCUCUGCACUUGUGCCGCGGGUUGGGUUAAGCGAGUGACAUCUGUGUGGCCCCUCCGUAGCCCGAGAGGAGUUCUCCAGACAGAGGCCAGCCUGGCCCGGGGGCGGGAGGAGCCCCCCCGAGGUGUCCUCCCGUGUGCCUAGGCCCGUCCCCAGCGCCAGGGUGGGUCCCGCCGUGUACCUGUCCGCGAGCUCUGUGUAUCACACGUGCAUGUGCCUAAAGGAAAUAAAGCCCCGCUUCCCCGA